UUUCUUAUCCCAGUCAGUAGCAUUAUUCGUGUAACUUGUAUGUACAUUGGAUUUAUAAUUAGCAAUGAUUAAAAAGUUUGGUAAUGAAAUGACGAAUCUGGUAAUAACUGGAGUCGAACUUGGUAAUGCCUGUCGUACAAGAGUUGGCAACCCUAUUUGUCAACCAACCAAGCCUGCGUCACACGGUCACCAGAGUUGCCAACUUAGCGCUUUUGGCGCUAAAUCUAGCUCUUUUUCAAGUUAUUUAGCGCUUAAAUUUAUCAUUUAGCGCCUUAGCGCCUUUUUAGCGCUUUUUUAAAAUACUUAGCUCCAAAUUUAGCGCCUUAUGGCUCAUUACAGUUGCUCUUUAUCAUGUACUUUUUAUAUUUUCAUUUUUUUAUUAAUUCGUUUGUUUAUUUAUUUAUUUAGUUUUAGCUACCACGUAAUGUCAGUACCCCAGACGCUUGAUGUACGCAUUUUGUGACAAACAUACGUAAAAUAAAUACCUCUAUAGGUGUGUAAUGCUUUGUUUUAUCAAUAAAAUAAAAUCAUGGCUGGUGCGGGAGAACCGAACCUGUCGGCCACUCGUCAGAGUCCUGUCCAAGUUGCACAGUUGCGUGUGUUGCUGCCAUUCCAGUCUGAAAUGCUAGGUAGUUAAGUUAAACAAUAUUGUACUACCUUUUUCAUUGGAUACUGUUAUCAUUAGUAAUUUCACAGACGCGACGUACGUUUCUGGACAUUUUGUAAUAUGCUUGAAAUAAUGGCACACAUUUUCAUGACAUGCUUACCGCUGUGAAUGACUGACAGUGGAAUAUGGAUGGACCGAGCAUGGGUAGAGAGAUACGCGUCACGCGAAUACGUGUCUCAUACCAGUAGCGGACAAGGCAUAACCACGAUCAAGUCCUCGCAGUCGCCUCACUACCUCAGUGACUCAGUCGCCUGCCUCAGCUUCUCAAGUGUAAACCCGCCUCGGUACGUCGAUAAUUUUGCUCGUAGCUACGCUUACUUCACGUACAUGUCGCAAUUCGAUGGUUGCCUAGCUUUCUACAAGCAACAAUGAGCAAAAAGUACGCACAACAUUUUAGAGCAGAGUGGUUAAAAGACCCAAAUUAUGAGAAAUGGUUGCGGAGAGUAGAAGGUGAUGAUACGAAAUGUGUUUGUAAGUACUGUCAUUGCACACUGUCUGCAAAACGUAGUGACAUUGAUAGACACAGACAGACAUUAAAACAUAAGAAAGCAGAGAAACCUUUCAGUACCGAAAGACAAGGCACAAUACCAUUUGAAAAAGUGAGUAGUGACACACAUGUGACUGAAGGAAAUGUAUCCCUAUUCAUUGCAGAACACUGUUCAUUACGUGUUGUUGAUCACCUCAGUGAGCUGUGCAAAGUAAGAUUUGCAGAUAGUAAGGGAUGCAAGGAUUUCAAGCUAAAGAGGACAAAGUGCAGUGCUAUUGUGUGCAACGUGCUUGCUCCACACUUCAGCAGUGAUUUGAAAGAUGACAUUGGUGAUCAAAAGUUCAGUCUCUUAAUUGAUGAGAGUAAUGACAUUACAGUAACCAAGCUACUAGGAAUUGCUAUUAGAUUUUACUCAAGAAGUAAGAAAAAAAUUGUAGUGACAUUUUUGGACCUUGUUGAACUCCCAGACUGUGAUUCUACUGGAAUAUGUGAUGCCUUGAAAAGAUCCUUGAAAAAUAAUGGACUGGAGUUACAAAAGCUCACUGCUAUAGGGACUGAUAAUGCUUCUGUUAUGACGGGAGUUAACAGUGGAGUGUAUGCAAAACUCAAAACAGAAGUUCCUCAUCUCAUCCUUAUUAAGUGUGUCUGCCAUUCUUUGCAGUUAGCUGUGUCUCAUGCAACAGCUCAGUGCCUCCCUAGAAACCUAGACUUUUUGAUUAAAGAGACUUAUAAUUGGUUUUCCCACUCUGCUAUCCGCCAAGCUAGAUACAAGGAAAUAUUUUCUCUGAUAAAUGAUGGUCAAGCUCCACUUAAAUUAAUUCACCUGAGCCAGACUCGAUGGCUUUCAGUUGAAUCGGCAAUAGUCAGAAUUUUGCAACAAUGGCUUGAACUUAAGACUCACUUUGGCAUGGCAAGACAUGGUGAAAAGUGUUACACAGCUGAGAUCCUGUAUGGAAUGUUUUGUGACAAGGAAAACUAUGCAUUCCUUGUAUUUCUGAAACAUAUUCUGGGAGAAGUUCAGCGAGUUAAUAAGAAAUUUGAAGCAGAGGUACAAGAUCCAACGAAACUACUGAGUGACCUUCUUCAUCUUAUUGAUUCUAUGAAGUCAAAGGUCCUCAUCCCAGGUAAAACAUUAAAGGCAGGGAGUUGAUUGAAAGCUACUUGGACCCACGUCCUUACUUGGGAUAUGAGUUUGAAAAGGAGAUGUCAGAAUGCAAAUUUCCUCAUGAAAACAAAUAAGACAAAGAUGUGUAAGUUUUGUUGUGGAGCUAAUCAAACAGCUUGAGCAACGUCUGCCUGACAAUGUUCAAGUCUUGCAGUCAAUGUCCUUACUGAGUGCAGGUGAAUGCUUGCAACCCAUAAAGCCUGGAAUAAUAGAUCUAGCAAAGAUGUUCACUGAGAGUGAUGAAAUUUUGACACGAAUUGACUUCCAGUGGAGAAAUCUACAUAAAAUACUGUGGAAGAAAAAUACUGACACAUCAGAACUCUGGGCUGAAAUAUCUUCGCACACAGAUGCAACUGGAGAAAACCCCUUCAGUGAUCUUGCAGAAUUGGCUUUGACUGUCCUAACACUACCUCACUCGAAUGCAGAUGUGGAACGCAUCUUCAGUCACAUGAAUAUCGUGAAGUCAAAGCUACGAAAUCGGCUGAGUAUCAAAAGCUUAAAUGCGUUGCUGACUAUUAGAUAUGGACUACGAAGAAAUGGAAGCUGCUGCUAUGAUUACAAACUGCCUAAGGAAGUACUUCAAAGUAUUGGAACACUUAAAGCAUACGAGUCAUCACAAUCUCCAGCAGGAUGCUCACACACACAACCACAGCAGAGUGCCGCCACAGACGAAGAGAUUGGAGACUGGGAGCUGGCAGAUUUGGAGUAAAACGCUUUUUUAGCGCUUUUUAGGGGUGGACAUGGUGCCUUUUCAAAUUACGAGUUGGCAACUCUGACGGUCACACUGCGCGGUCUGCGCCCCGCCGUCCACUGACUCCACCGAGCAGCCCUGUCAUGUUUUCCGCCUUUCUCGCCGUCUCAGGUGUCAUGCAGCCCCCUGACUCGCCACACAGGUUUCAGUGAUGAAGUUUGUGAUGGAGCAUGUGAGCAGAUUGAGGAUGGCUAGGCAGGCUGGGUGGUCUCUGCAGCCAGCCUGAUAGUAUCCACAUCACUCCACUCUCCCUUAUUCUCACCAAGGGAGGCAAUGCACCACAUCUCACGUAGGACGUGCUGCACCGGUGGCGAGGCGUCGAGGGAAGCACCUCUUUGUGUCCCAGCCCACCACUUUACUGAACACAUGAAGGUGCUCCAGAGUUUCAAGAAGGGUGGCACACAUACUUAGCUGCACUACAAGCUUUUGGAGGUCCAGCAACACACUGCACACUUCUUUCCUAAACGUGUGUGCAGAGUGCAAGACAGAGUGGCAAGGAUGGAGGAUGCAUCAACAUUAACAGCGUUAUUGGUUCAAGCUUUCUUUUUUUUGUGUGUGUGUUUGUGUGUGUGGAAAGAAGUGCACACAGUUUUAACCGAAGGAUUAUAUGUGUGUGUGUGUGUGUGUGUGUGGGCAGCUUUAUGGGCAAGUGUGCCAGUCAUUCCUUGAAUUCAAUGUUUUUCAUUUAGGGAAAAAUUGUUGUAUAUAAUUAGGUUUAUAGACAUUUUUGAGUGGGAAUGUUUAGACUGAUUAAAUAGUAAGUUUCUCUACUUUGUAGAGCUUUGCUGUUACUGUUCUGUGUAAGGUUUCAAGGGCCGUAUUCUACAAACCAUCAUAGCUAGUGAUGUGAUUGUAGACAAAAUGGUGCAUUUUAGACACAAGUCCCUCAAUGACAGGCUCUCACCUUGUGACUCGUCAUAAGUGCCAAGACAGGGUUCAGUCUGUUGUAGCGCUGCCAACCACUGUCUUAAAACUCUUCUCAGCAUGGUGAGAGCUUGUUUUAUGUACCAUGGCAUGAUCCCCGACAGUUUUUGAUAUUAAUUAAUGAUAAAUAUCUGUAAUGAUGGCUAAAUAAUGUCCUUUGAUGGAGUAAUUUAUCAUUAUAGAUAACUGCCAAGAGG